CUGGUGGGAGAUUUGUAUCCCUAUAGAGGAGCUGUGUUUUGUCUGUGUCCGCGCUGUUUCUCCUCAAAGCAUGGCUCUCAACUUCCAGGCUUCCACCCUUUCUCUUACUUUGCCGAUUUCGUGUCAGAUAUGUCUCGGAAAGGUCAGACAGCCGGUCAUUUGUGCAAACAACCACGUGUUCUGCUCUUCCUGCAUGGAAAUGUGGUUAAAGAAAGCUAGCCAGUGUCCUACCUGCAGGGUUCCCAUCACAUCAGAGAACCCCUGCAGAGAAAUCAUCGGAGGCACAAAUGAGAGUGAUCACAGUGACAGCCCUCGCAUGAGGAAAUGCCUCAGAAAAACCCGGGGGGAACUGCUCCUGCGGGAGUAUGAGGAGGAAAUUGAAGGGCUUAUCAGAGAAAAUGAGGAUCUGAAAGUAAAAAACCAAAGUCUGGAGUCACAGCUGAAGACAGCUUUGGAUCCCUGCAGCAUUAACACAGUGCAAACAGAUGACAAGAAAGUUGAUCCAUAUGUCCUGGAGGAAUGGGCCAACAAGCUGCGAGCUGCCACAGAUGCUUGUGAUAAAGUAAAGCAGGACAUGGACAAGCUUAAAGAGGCAAAUAAGACAUUACGAUCUCAGAAUGUGGACCUUGUACAGGAAAAUAUGAGACUGAAAGCAGAAGUUGUGAGCAGAUCUCCUCAGAAGUUUGGUCGAUACACUGUUGCAGCACUGGAAGCUAAAAUCCAGCAGUAUGAGCGUGAAGUGGACCACUUGAAUAAGGCACUAGAGCGCAGUGACCAGUACAUUGAGGAUCUGGAGUCCCGGGUUAGAAACUCUGAAAAGAAACGUCUUGAUGUGCAGGAAGCAGGUGGAAGCAGCAAGGCUGGGUCUGAAAAUUUAACACAGCAACAAAAAAUCAACAUGAUGCUGAGAAGUUUGAGCGACAAUGAGAGGCAGCUCAUCUGCAGCAAUCCAGAGGCUGAAUGUCGUACAUUUUCCAGGAAUCACACUUUGGUGUUCAUGCCAUCUGCAGAUCACAAGGAGUUUAACAAGAGUCUGACUGAUGAGCAGAAGGACAACUUGGAAAGCGCCUCCUCUGACUUUUUGCCCACCACUCCGUCUUCUGCCUUCCGGUCCCUGACUCUCAAAAGCCCUGGCAUCCGGGAAAAGAAAGUUGCAUUUAAGCCUUCAUCCUAUCUGAGGAGGCUGGAUUUUGAAGACUUUCCCAGUCAGGUCAAAAGUAGCAGUACAAUGGAGAACCAUUUUAAGAAAUUCCCUAAAGUCUUGGCUCAAAAUGAUCCCAUCCAGCCUUCUAAUAAUGUCUUGUGGGGGGGCUGGCAGAGAUCGAAAUCUAAUGACCCCUCAUGUCCCAGUACAAGCAAAGACAGCUCAGUUGAAGGAGCCACAUCCUCAAAUCCUGUAGAUGAUAAGUUGGAUAGCUUCCAGAUGUCUAGUGAGGCCUCCAUGGAUGCAGCUUACCUGGAUAAAAUCUCAGAGUUAGACUCUAUGAUGCUGGAUGGAGAGAGCUCCAGCAGCCGAGGCUCACAGCUCUCCCUGGCCUCAUCUCCUGCAGAUUUGGACAACACUCUUGUCCCGGAAACACAAACCUGCCAGGGUGGGAAACCCAUGCCAGAAUGUGAGCAUGAGAAGCACCCAAAAGGAGAAAAUGUGAGCAGCACGUUAAGUGACAAAGAGGCUCCAAAAGUCUUUGCAGAGGUGUCAGGUAGUGUCCGGUCUCAUACUGAUGAGCUGUCUUUUGAUUUGCUGUUUGAUUCACUAGAUGAGAAUAAGGCAGCUGGUCCUUCUGGUUCUCUCAAUUCAGAAAGCCAAGACCAGGAUCAGGUUAACCCAUCCUCAUCCUCUUCCAGCUGCAGCAGGCAACCUAUGAACACAACCAGAGACAGACACGCACUGAACAUCAGCCAGCCGACAAAGAGAAAAUCUCACAGUCCAUUUAACACAAGCAGUCCCACCAAACUGUCAAAACUCAUGUGAAGGUUUUAACAAACAUUAACUUCAUGUUGCUUCAGAAUGUGAUGCUAGAUCUAACUUAUUAAUAUCAGUCUGUCUGCUGUGAUGUAGCAUGAAUUCACACAAAAUGUGAGAAAUUUGACAAAGACCCUGUUGGGUCUCAGUGGCUGUUGAACACUUUUGAGGCUGUGUUUCUUAUAAGUCAGUUUCAUCACUAGACAAACAUCUCUGUAUUGUUCUUUUGCGACACAUAUGUGCUUUACAUUUAAGAUGAAGCCUUUCUAAAAUAGGUUAUUUGUAUGUUUGUCAUUACAGUAAAAAUGAUCCUCAUUACAGUCUUUUAGUGCUGACUUUGGGUCUGGUUGUCCGGAAGUUUUUCUGGAUCACAAUGGUCCCAAUUUGGUAAUCCCUUUCUUCUAAUCCAGUUCACUUUCAUCCUGGUUGUUCAAAGAAAAUCUGGAUAGGAUCAAUCUGAUCUCUUAUACACGUAUGGAUUAUAUAACCCAUUUAACAGUUGAUUAUUACUUUAAAGGAGACUUCAUACUGCAUAGUUAAUCCACAGGGGUCGCCUAAUCAACACACUGAGUGAGACAUUUCAUGUUUGAUAUUGAUGUUGUUUGGUGAAAUAUUUUACAGGAGUUAAAUCCUUCAUAUUCAACAAUCCAAAUAGUAUCUUUUCACUGCUGUCUCAAAGCAAAACAGCAUUAAAGUGUAAAAUAUAUUUAGAGUGAUAUUUAAAUAUCUACCUUUUAUAAACCUCCUUGUAAUCCAGUCUAAAUGUAGCCGUCUGUUGGGUUAAAGAUCACUGGGUGUUUGGAAUGAAGUCAAGUUAUGAACAACACAUCCGGAUCUUACCUAAUUACAUAAUCAUUUGAACCUCAUUUUAAGAUUAAAUACUAUCACACAGUUUAAAUCCUUUUAGAUUCCCUUUGAGCAACCAGGCCCCAAAGAUGGAUGAACAUGACUGUCCUGAAAACAUAUUUUGAGUGAAACAUUGCAAUGUAAAAGCAUAUUAAAAUAAACAGUAA